AUGAGGUAUCAGCUUUGUACAGCUAAAACGAAUUCAAUAUGGUCAUUUGGGGCAAAUGGUAACUUAUUAAAUGGCUUAAACAUGAACUACUUUAGGAAGAAUGUAUAUGAAUCCCCAAUUCAGUUAAACAUUGAAACCGGAGAUGAUGAAGGAGAACUGAAGUGCUACAUUGUCGAUAUGAUAUCUCAAUAGGACUACUGCUUAUUCUUAACAGAAGAAGGUAAAGUAUAUUCAAUGGGUUCAAGUGAACUUGGUUUACUUGGGCUUGCAUUUUAGGUUCAAUUUCCUAACUAGGACAAGAUUGUUUAGAUAAAAUCUGGCAAAAGUCAUGCCCUAGCUCUAUCUAAUGAAGGAAGAGUAUUUGGUUGGGGCCUCAACAAUUAUGGCUAAGUUGGUUAUCUAAAUCCAGAAGACUUAGUGAAGUAGUAAGAAAGUGAACCAGCAAUGCAAUCUAAAUUUUCCAGACAGGCAAUUAUAUUUGAACCUAAACAAGUUUAUCCAACUGUUGAAAUGUUAAAAGACAAUGACUUGGCCAAUUUUUACGAUGAAGCAAUCUAAAUUGAAGUUUUUGAAGAUUCUAGCUACCUUGUGACUGAAGAAGGAGAGUUAUUUUCCUGGGGUAAAAACGAGAACGGAAUGCUUGGCAGGGAAGCAAAGCUGGACGUGAAGAUGAUGACCGCCAAUGAUAAGAAGAAAAAACUUACAUUCUCAACAUUUGUACCUGGCAGAGUAACCAAGUUAGAGAAAUACAGAGUGAGGAGAAUAUCUAUAAGUGAAGGUAAAUUCAUGGCUUACUUCGCUACCAUCCAAGAGGACUUUGAAGAUGAAGAGAAAAAAGACUCCAGUGUGGACUCAGACGAGGAAAAAGAUGUGGUCGAUGACAUCGUUGGUGGUCCAAAAGCCAGUGUUCACAAAACUGGAGCUAACAGUCAGAAAUAUCACUCCACAGGCUCAAGCAAAGAUGUUAACUCACACGAGAAUAACAUGGGAGGGACUUAGGAACUUAGAAAGCAGAACACCACUAAGAGUAACAUGUCUUCCAACUCUUCAAAGUUGCAUACCACUAGCAGAGCAGGAUGGUAAGGAGGAAGGAAAGCCAAAUAAGAGAAAGAUCAGUUUAAGUACAUGAUUGAGAUUAUAAAGAAAGCUUAAGCAAUUAAGGAGGAAUUGAGUAAAUUCGAUAGAGCUUUGGCAGACUCAGUCAAGCCACUUACUGAUUUACAGGACAGGAAUAUAUACUACUAGGUGAUUGACAAGUUCUCACUUGGCUAGGAAAAGAUGAAUGACGCUGACGAGUUGAGAUAAGCCAUUGACAGGAUGCAAGUGCAGCUGAAGAAGAAUAUCAAUGUGCUGGAGAAACUUGAAAAGAGGAAUGAACAAUUAUAAGAACUUAUUAAUGCCAGAGCUAACUAAUUUAAGGGAGUGGACGAUGAGAUAUUUAAGGAUUUUUCAAUUUUUGUUGAAUUACUCAACGAAUCGCUCGUUAUGAAGAAAUUCAACUUAGUUGGUUGCAAGAUGAAAGUUUAUCAAGAACGAAUGAAGGAGAUCAACUUCCUUGAGAUGAUUCAGUAGUUUAGAGAGAAUGACUAGAUAGAUAUAGAUAAAUGCGGAAAUCAUCUGCACACAUGCAAGAAGCUAUGCAAGAAGAUUUAGGAGUCGCUCAAGAAAAACACUGAAUUCUAUCUGCAAAUGCACAUGAACUGCAGCAUUCCAUCCUCCUUGGCUCUCUCGGCUCUUACCAACUCAGUGUACCAAUAAUGCGAUAUUUGGAAUGGCUUGAAUACUCUAUCCUCCUAUACCUACAUCUUGCAGUCUAAGAUCUAGGAUGCCGAAUACACUAAUGACAAGGUCAGACUGUUGUGGCAGUACUUCUCCUAGCUUCAAAAGACAGAUUUCAAUAAAAAGGUCGAGAUUCAUAAGAAGAAGAUCAAGGACUACCCAACCACUAAGGAAUGGUAUGAUGCGCUAAUGAAGGAAAUCAAUCAAGAAAUCAAGAAUAUACAGCAAAACGUGAAGUUCUUAAUGAAGGAAAACAAAGGGGAAAAUGACAUUCUUCAUUAUUGCCAAAGUUUACUUUAUGAUGCCUGUCUAGUUAGAUAACUGCAAUACGCAUCAUAGUCAGCACUUUUUAAUGGGGCAACAAGCACUUAGAGUCACACGCCAGGUGGAGUUACCUUAGGCAAUGACUAGGUCAAUAUGCUUUAGAGAGAGGAAACCCUACAAAAACACCAGCGAGAUUUCUUAGACUCUAAUAGAAAUAAUCCAAGCUAGAAGCAAACUGAUCCAGGGGCUGGAAAUACCAGUGGAUUUGGAGAUAAGAUUGGCAGCUUAUUUGGAGGUUUCUUUACGAAGAAGUGA